AUGUUUGAGGAAAUUGAAAAUUUGUAUGAAGCAGUGAACAAUCCUGAGCAAGUUCAGGAAGCAACAGUACAAAUGAUGAAAUAUCUUCAAGAUCCUGGUAUUUUUGAAGCAUUUUUCCAAAUAAUUCAGAGUCCAAAGUCUGAUAAUUCAAUUAAAUCUUCAUUGACUUACAUGAGCAGGGCGAUAACAAUCCAAAAGCAAACACUUUCACCAGAAUUACUUCAAAUAAUCAAAUCAAAUUUACUGAAUCUCGCAUUUACUCCUCAUUCACAAGAAAUUAUUGAUUUAAUAUGUCUAGUUAUAGAAAAGAUCCUUGAAAUCGACCCAAUAAGUAACUUCCCUGAAUUAAUUGAACAAAUUUUUAACUCAAUAUCAUCACUGGAGCUUGUAACUAACUCUAUCACUUAUUUACCUUCAGUUCUUUCAUAUUUAGAAGAAGAGCAAAUCAAUGAAAAUAUUGAUCAAUUUUUUGCAAUAAUUGAUAGCGCAAUAACCUCAAAUUCAUGGCCAGUUAGGAGUUCUGCCUUCCUCAUUCUUCAAAAACUCUGUAAGAAGUCAAAUGAACUCAAUGUUACGCAGCAUAUUAUUCCAAUUCAGAAUUACGAGCAUUCAACACAAAUUUUUAAUCAACCACAAACGAAAAAGUAUCUUAAAGAGAUUUGGAGUACAUUUUUCUAUCUCGUUUCCAACAAAAACGUUGAAAAAGAUUUUAUUACAGAAAUUUAUCCAUUAAUUCUCGAAAUAUCUUCUAAUUCAGGCAUAGAACCUAUGACAAGGAUUCUUGUCCUUCAAUCAGUAAGCGUUAUUCUCGAAGAUAUGGAUGAAAACCAAAUCAGCCAAAUUUUUGACCUCGUAUUCAAUUUAGGAACACAAAUUCUUGCUUCUGAUGGUACAUUCGAGCAGAUCGCCCUAUUCAUUUUCGAAUCUGCCCUUGAAAAUUUAGAUCCAUCAGCUGCUUAUUCUCUAGUAAAGCAAAGGAUCGAAACGGCCUUCUCAUCUGCAGAUGUCAACUCACAAGCGUUCGGAAUUUACAUUCUAAGUGAAGUAAUUACCGUUUCUCCCGAAAUUUCGAAUUCUGACAUCACAUUUUUGUCUCAAACGAUGACUUCAGCCCUUGAUUUGCAGAACGACCUGCUAUCGGAGUCGGUCUGCAUAUUUGUCAACUCUUCAGUUCAAGCCUUUUCCACUGCAACGACAUUAUGUUGUUCAUUAAUCAGAAAAGUUGUUCCUCUCUUCAUCUCGGAGAGUCCAUCUCUUAGAACAGCAGCCUUCGAUGCUGUCCAUUCCCUCUGUGAUGUCGUGGAUGGCUCCAUUGACAACUUUUUCUCAUUAGUUUUUCAGUUGGUCGACCAAAUACCAGAAAAUAACCGUUCAUCUUUUAACACGAUUCUUGCGGAUGCAAUCAACAAAGACGAAGAAGUCGGGGAUGACGAAAUCGACUCAUGUUUGGAAUAUGUUUCCCAUUAUUUCAACGAAAUUGAUUUCGAUGAUUCAAGUUCUGUUUUGUUGAUUGUUUCUUCAAUUCUCAAAAAAGAUGAAUCCCAAAGUAGUGACAUCCUCGAACCAGCUGUAUCAUUAGCUGUCAAGAUACUCGAAGAAGGCAAUGCAAUGUCUAAAAUUGAUGUAAUUGACUUCGUUUACGACAUCUUUCCUCAAUUUUCUGAAAUUUUCAUGUCAGAUUUCAAAAUUUUGACAGACAAAAUAUACGAAAUUGCGAAAUCUGUGCUCAAUGAAGGUAACCAGGACGAAGAGAAAGACAAUGUUGUUGUAGACGCAAUCAAUACUAGUUGUUUAGUAGCAAAACAACUAAAAAGUCGUGAAAUGGCAUCGAUUUUAGCAAAAUCAACGAUUUUUGUCAUCAAAAACGAUGCAGAAUCAUAUUCCAAAGACAUUUCACAGUCCAUUGCAUCGAUUGCUGAAUAUAUCGAUGACAAUGAAUCAUUAGAGUUGUUUAAUUUAUUAACAACAAUAAUGAAUGAAACAGAAAACGAAGAAAUCGUUACAGAUUUCAUUUUAGCUUAUGAGAAUUUGAUUUCUCACUCAAGCGAAUCUAAUAAAAUGAAUUUCCUUGAGACAGGAUAUUCAUUCAUUAUCAAGUUCUUCACAGGAGAACUUUCUUGUUUGGAAGGUAAAAAUCCUUUCCAAAACCAUGUUGAUUUUAAAUUGAUGUCACAAAUCGGAUAUUUAAUUGGAGAUGUCAUUAAAUUCAACAUCGGAGAAGCAAGUGAACAAUUGUGUAAUUAUAUGUUGGAAGUACUUAAAAUGCCCAAUAACUUGGCCGCUUUCUCUUUCAUUGGUUCUUUCUCUGAUGCCAUUGAAAAUGGAAAUUGUUCGAACCAAGUUUUGGAAGAAUUAUUAACUAUUUUGUCCGAAAUCAUUGAAACUGCUUCUGAUCCAGACAUGUUACAUAAUAUUUGUUAUUUGUUGAAUGUGAUUGUCCAGAAACACCCUGAAAUUGUCAAUUCCGUCAUGUCUUUUUCUGAACAGAUUUGGCAAUGGUUCACAACAGCAUUGGAAGAUCCUGUUGGAUGGGGAUUGUUCCUUUCUAAUGUUGCUUCUUUGUUUUUGACUUUGUCUUUGUUUGAUAAUGUUCCUAACAUGAUCAUCUCUACUUCUUUGAAACAGUUUCCACCUGUGGAUUUAGAUGAAACAGAAAACAUGGCAAAAACAAUCAUUAAAUUGUUUGAUAGCAAUAAGAUUAAUGAUGAAAUCAUUGAAUCUCUCAUUUUCUCAUUAGCAAACUUUGUUUUGCUUUCAAAGAGUGAUUUGGAAGAAAGAUCUGUAUCAAAUGAUGUCUAUAACACCAUCAAAGGUUAUUUCAUUAGAUUGAUGAGUUCUGAUGAAUCAAAACAGCUUUUAUCCGUGGCUUUCUCAAAACAAAGAUCAAAAUUAUCGAAAUUGCAAAAAUUAUUACAAUAA